CCAGGGCAGCGCAGGGGCACCAGAGAAGAGAGGAGAAAAAGAAGAAGAAGAAAAGAGGAGGAGGAGGAGGAGAAGAGACAAAGUGGAUCACAUCAACAGCAGCAGACUGAACCCAGGACAUGUCCGUCAGGUCUGAGUCUGUUUCACCCUCAGCCAAUCAGAGCCUUCGUUAACAGCAGCGUCGGCGCGCGAUUGGGAGAAGGAUGGCGACCAUGCCGUUCGUUAGCGAAGGGAAGUGCGUGAGUGUGGAGUGGGACUUUCUGCAAGGACUGCUGGCCAAGCCUCCCACCCUACCCUGUCUGCAAAACCUUCGUAAAGAGAAGUCUCGCAAUGCGGCUCGUUCACGCAGAGGGAAGGAGAAUUUUGAGUUCUUUGAGCUGGCGAAGAUGUUGCCACUACCUGGGGCCAUCACCAGCCAGCUGGAUAAAGCCUCAGUCAUCCGGCUCACCAUCAGCUACCUGCACAUGCGCACCUUUGUCAGCCAGGGGGACCCGCCCUGGAGCCCCCUGAUGGAGGGCGACAGCAACUGCAGCAAAGUAAGACGAUCAUCUCAUUCGCUAGCUACUGACAUAUUUGAGCAGCACCUCGGGGCUCACCUCCUGCAGUCUCUGGAUGGCUUUGUGUUUGUGGUCAGUCAGGAGGGACGCUUCCUCUACAUCUCAGAGACAGUUUCUAUCUACUUGGGACUCUCACAGGUGGAGCUGACCGGCAGCAGUGUGUUUGACUACAUCCACCCGGCAGACCACGUUGAGAUGGCAGAGCGACUUGGAAUCAGGCCGCAUCUGAGGGCCGAGGCCGGCUGCCACGUGGCUCCAGAGAGCGCUUCCAGCUCCGCGUCCGCCUCGUCCCUGGCUGGUACUCCUGAGCCAGCUCCAUCUAGUCCCCACACUCCUGCCGACGAAUGUCCUGAUCGUGGCUACUUCAUCCGCAUGAAAUCCACACUCACCAAAAGAGGCCUGCAUGUCAAGUCUUCUGGAUACAAGGUAAUUCAUGUGACGGGAAGAAUCCGCUGCCGCCCCGCACUCAUGCCGGGCUCAGGGCGCUCAGUGCGUCGACCUAUGGGUUUGGUUGCCCUGGCGCACACACUCCCGCCCUCCACACUUAAUGAAGUCCGCAUGGAGAGCCACAUGUUUGUCUUCCGAGUGAACAUGGACCUGCAGGUCACGUAUUGUGAGAACAGGAUCUCAGAGUAUAUGGAUCUGACCCCAGCAGAGGUGGUGGGACAUACCUGUUACCACUUCAUCCACGUAGAAGACUUGGAAAACCUUCGGCAAAGCCACGAGGACUUGCUGAGGAAAGGCCAGGUAGUGACGGGUUACUAUCGUUGGCUGCAGAGGAGAGGAGGCUACCUGUGGAUCCAGUCCACAGCCACCGUCUCCAUCAACCACAAAGCCCCGCACGAACGCAACGUCAUCUGGGUCAACUUUGUCCUCAGUCGAACGGAGUUGCCCGACACUCCGCUGGAUCUGCUGCAGCUACCGGAGGGUGUAAGAGCAGAGAGACUUCGGGUUAGCUCCUCUCCCACCGUCACCUCCCCACAGACACGAGGUUCCCAGUCAGUGAAAGGCUCAGCCAGGAAGGGUGAACCUGACACUAAGGGCAGAGAGAAAUUCACUCCCGCCGCCAUUCAGUCAGAAGACCGGAGGAAGCGCCUUCUGAGGUCCGAGCCCGAGGGCGCUCCCCCCGAAACCCGCCGCAGACUGGAGGACCUGCGUCACACUGAGGAGAGCGUGUCCGCCUCCUCAGACUUGGCAAGUGACAGUGAGGGGGAGGAGGAGGAAGAUACACAGUGGGACCAGGGGGGAGAAGACGGUGACAGACUCAAACAGGAAGACGGCGCAGGAGGAGGUAAACAGAACAGAGGAGAAGACAACCCGACUAGAGGAGAGAGAGGAGGCAGGGGGUACAACGGCCGCGCUGUGAUACAGCAGCUAAAGAGUGCAGUGACCCUGUCUCCUCUGUCCGGCAGCCCCAACAUCAAGACUGAACAUGACUCCCUGACCACCGGGGGCCGCUGGGGUUCACACACACAAACCUCCACUACCCAGCACCAACCGUCACAUGCACACACACCCUCCAGCAGUCUCAAUGGCGACAGCCCCACCACUCCGAUCCCUGACUCCUCCUCCAGCAGUGAAGCCCCUCCUAAAGGUUUGUUCACUCCCCCGUCCCCUGCCUUGUCCCCCGCCAUGUCCGUGUCCUCCCCGCUGCCCCGCGAGGAGAGGGCAGUGUCAGGCGUGGUGAGUCGUGGCAGCGGCGGCGCGGGGGCAGGUUGCGGCCCUGACUUUGAGCUGCUCCAGAGACUGGCUGCAGGCGGCGCUGCGGGUCGGGUCCUCUUUCACCCCCUUGCCCUCGGCCCACAGGGCCCUCAGAGCCUUUACGCCCCAAGCACUAUCCGCUAUGCUCCACCUGAGCUGCCUCCGUCACACCACCACGGCGCAGGACACGGUGAUGGCCUGCAGCUACGCUCAGACCACCACAAGGGACCCCCGCCCGCCUUCUUUCCCCACCUACAGCGGCUGGCCGGCCUGCCACCUUUCAGUGGUUUCUCGCCGUCUGACAGUCCGUUCUCCUCCAGCCUGCCCUUCUGUAUGAAUGGACUGAGGGGGGCUGCGGGCUCUGAGGAGGACUGAGGGUGGAAAGAGGGACGUGAGGGGAGAAGAUGAAUAUGAAGGAUGGAGCGGGGUGACAGAACAGAAAGAGAGAGACGUUGAAAAGGGCAAGACAGACGGAAGUGGCAGGAUAUUUAGGCCUCUAAGGACAUUACUAAUUGGACAAUGAGUUGAAUAACUGAGAUCUAAAGUGUGUGACAAGUUGCUGCCACGGGGAAUUAUUAUGUGUCCGUCCACUGUGGACAAGUGACAGUGAUUUGCAAUGAAAAUGGGACAUGGAAACUUUUGACUGGUUGUCCCUCAAGACUUUCCUUCUUUACAACAAUAAUGAACUCUGCUCUGUGUAUUUCUCUAGAUGACUGUGUUGAUUUUUGUGUCUCUUCCACUCAGAGAAGCCAUAAUUGUAUAUAGAGACGAAACCAUAAAGACCCUCAGCUCACACCCUCCUCACACUCACCCUAAUUAACCCAAUUAACUCUGAGGACAGUAGACCGAUGUGGACACUUGUCUGUAGGAACGAAAGUGACUUUUGAAUUAAAACUUUUAUUAUUGCAGUAUCACACACAUCAUCUCUUACACUGAGAUCCAGGUGAGAAUUUGAUCUUGGGGUUUACCAUAAACUAGAUUGAGAAAAGCCCUCAAGUGUUUUUGUUUGUUUGUUUUUUGUAUUGAGAGUCAAAAUAUUAAUAU